AUGAGCGGCUAUACAAGACGCAAUGAGAAUCACGAUGGUUACAAUUUCACCCAUCAAACGGAUCUACCUCUUCCUUACAGCCAUAACGACAAUAAUGAAUUCAGUGUAAACGAGCCAGGGGCAUUCAGUUUCAGCCAACCAUCUUUUCAUCCUUUUACACCACAGUUUACUUCACCAUACAGUCACCCCAGCCUAUCAACAAGCACGCAUCAUUUUUCCUUGAGCAACCAUUCCCCAGCGCAUUCCAUUCCUUCAACGCCGGAUCAUGUGCCCCUGCAGCAGCAUCCUACGCAGUAUUUCUCCCAAUCGCGCUAUAUUCAGUCACCCAGCUAUUUUACUCUUCGUGAAGCGCUCGGUGAUGCGGAAAUCGAGGCCCAGGAGUCUAGCAAUGAGCACAUAAUGCUUUCAGAACCAGUUGUACCACCACUAGAAGGCUUUCCAAAUGUGAGAGAGUUUGACCAAUUAAUGAAAAGUUACGUCGACGACUUAUCUGUCAAGAAGCAAGACAAGGCAUUGAUCCAUGCUAAAAGAGCGCGAAAUAUCAAGACCGUCCUGUUAGACCCUAAAGAUACAGCUAUAGAAUCAGCUCAAUUUCGAUUCUGGGUAAAGAAGAUGUUCAAGCUUCAAGCUGUUGGUCCUGGAGUAUCGGAUUAUACGAGGUUGAUCUGCCACGAAGGAAAACCGGUGGCCAUUCGAGAGAAGCUAUUCAAAAUUCUAACAAGAGCACAUCAACAAUGUCAACAUGGUGGAAGGGACAAGACCUCAGCUCAAGUUCGACAGAUCUAUUCGUGGGUCCCGAAAGAGCUCAUCUCACGCUUUGUCAAGAUAUGUCCUACUUGCCAAGUGCGUCGCGGUGGCUCGCGAUUGACGCCCCCUAGUUCAAGAAGGAGCUCUCCGCGCUUAGAGACAGUGUCGCGCUCGUCAGCACUCCCGUCGCCACCAAUUCCUAGGCGCGACUCUAAUUUGAACGUACAAUUGUCAUUGGACAGAUCCCAGGCUGAUUUGUUUAGUCAAUUCAACAGUCAUGGUAAUCAUGGUCAUUGGUUAGACAACCAAAGAAACCUACAAGAGAGGCAGCCGUUGCCUUCGACUAAUCUACGCUCAUAUGGAGUUGGAGCGAUGAGCCACCUUCCGGGAUCUGUCCCGGGAGUUCUAGAGCCAUUCUAA